AUGGUUCUCCCACCAGAGCAGUUCCAUAUCAAGCGGCGGCGCGAAGAAGAACCUGUCGAGACACUGUACAUCCAGUCUGAGCUGCAUCAGAAAAAACGCAGGUUUACAGACUUUAUCUUUCAAAGAGUGCAACUCGGUGGUGGUACCAAGGGCAACAACAACAACAACGUUGCUGAUGCUGAUACUGCUGGUGCUGCGCCGACGUCCACUGCGUCUACUCCCGGACAAGGUCGCGUGCGCAGUCCGAGGUCAGUGAGUACAUCUUUUUUCCCAAAGCGGGCGUCUGGGUCAGCUUCGGUUCCGUCUCCGUCGCCAGCAGCAGCUGGGAGAAGAGUGAAUGCCGGCGGCGUGCCGGUGAUCAGAGCGACGUCGCCUGGAGCAGAGUUUCGCGAAGAACGCGCUUUGGCGGCAGCGAGGCGGAAGCAAGAGGAAGCUAAGCAGGAGAGGGUGAAGGAGUCUGUUCAGUUGGUUCAGCAGUCUGUAGCUGCUGCUGCGGCUGGAGAGCAGGAGAGCGAGGGAGAUGAGACUAAGACGACGGCGGCGACGACAUCAUCAUCAACUACUACUACAACAACAACGACAAAAACAACAACGCCGUCAUUUCCAACGUCAAUACGCAGGUUUCACAUCUCUCGGCCCAACACCCCGACCAGCCCGCUCAAGACAGCUGCUGGCAGCGGCGUUGCCAAAAGCAGCACACCCACGCGCACUCGGGCAGUGCUAGUUGAGAAAUUAACGCAGACCCCCUCACUCCGAGGCGCUUCUAUUCUGGAAACGUUAGAAAGGGCCGAGAAAAACCAGACCGGAAAAGAAAUCGACACAGUCAUUCAGUCACAGCUGGUUCGAGAAGAAGAUCGUCGUCCACAGAAACGGCCCGUUGUUAAUCAGGCCGAGAAGAAAUGGAGAGAGCAGCAAAAGGAUUCCAUCUCGGCGGCGAAAGAGCAUUUAGCGACGAAGGAGUCUCAGGAUGAUGAUUAUCUGGACAGGCUGGCAAGGGAUCUUGAGCUGGUUAUGCUGGAUAUCGAGUCUGAGGAGAGCCAUAUGGAUGGGGUUAGUUUGGAUGGACCUUCGAAGCCGGUCACCACCACCACACAGGCAACACCAGUGAAGCCGAAUCGCACGCCAUUGAAAUACAUGCCCCGGCAUCCCACUCCUCGAAAGCCGGCUGAUACUACUAAAGAGCCCGAUUCUACUACUACUACUACUACUACCAAAGAAAGAAAAGACGAAGACAUGGACGAGGGAUACGUCUAUGAUACUUAUAUCCGCAUCCCCGUUCCCCGGUCUACAGAUGGCCUUACCGAUCCCCUAUCAGACACAAGCACUCCAACACCCUCGACACCGCACGACAUUGACCCAACCCGCAAGGACAUUGGCCUUGUCGUCAUCACAGAAGAAGACGAAGACCUAUGGGAGAAUUUCUUGGAAAACGAUGACUCGGCUGAAGAAAACUGGGAUGGUGAGGAUGUUGAUUCUAACGCCGAAGAUAACCCGGCCAACGACUACCCAGACGAAGACCUCUCAUCGGCCGACGAAAACGACGAUCCCACUGCCGUCUACCGCCGAUAUAGACAUGCGGGCUCUGACGAUGAAGAGUUUGACGUGAAUUAUUACGAUGAAAACGACGACGAUGACAACGACAACGACUCUGAAGGCGAGAUUCGAAAUCGUCGUUAUGAUAAUGACGAAGACGAGGAUGACAAGACUCUGGGCCGAGCUCGUCGUUUACAGAAUUUUUAUCGUCAGCAGGAUGCGCAAAGAGUCGGUAAGGUUUCAGAUGAUGAGGACGAUGAUGAUAUGUUCUGA